CUCUUCAACGAAUCAAAGAGCAACGACCGAUCCCGAAGAACUGGCGCGAGAGCGAGAAGCGAUCCUCCAAAACCCCUCAACGGAUCUUUUAAAAAAACAAAACCCUCGAAUUCAAAAACCCAUUUACAGAAAAUGUCAGACGACUCUCCUUCGGAUUCAGAAACAGAUGAAAACUCCGGAAAUUCGUUAUCGGGUGAUGUCAAAAGCCGCGGGAAAUCCCAAGAGGAUGGGGUGAACGAAUACGAGAAGCAGAGGCUUUUGAGGAUUAGAGAAAACAGGGCGAAAAUGGAAGCUAUGGGACUCCCCAAGCUCACGUCUUCGAUGCUCAGUCCCGUCGGAAACCGGCUAAAACGAAUGGAGAAGGAAAAGAAGAAGGACAAAGACGAUGAAUACCGACCGCCGGAUGGAGAAGAUGGAGAGAGUUCGUCGAGCGAACAGGACGAGGAGGAAGAUCGGACAGUUCGUGGCGGCGGGUCAUUAGGUUCGAAUCGGAAGGGCAAGAAGAAAAAUCCUGUGAAGACAACAAAAACAAAGAAGAGUUUACCUGUUCAACGACACGUGAAGGAAACGGAUGCCUUUGAUGAUGAUGAUGCCUUACAGCAGGCAAUUGCUCUUUCACUUGGAGGCCCGCCAGAGAAUUCAGGUGUGGUAUUCAAUGGUCCUUCCCAAAAUUCAGGCCCGAGUGGUGAUAACGUUCGUCUCAAUGGAAGAAAAGAAGCUGGCAACAUUCCAGAAGCUACCGGAAAAAAGAAAAGAAGAAAAUCAAAUAUUAGUCGGGUGCAAAUGUCUGAAGAUGAAGUGGUUGCAUACUUCUUUUCGAUUGAUGAAGCAGGCAAGGGGAACAUAACAUUGCGGGAUUUGAAGAAAGUAGCCAUUGCUCAUGACUUUGAUUGGACUGACAAGGAACUGGCAGAUAUGAUUGAAUGCUUCGACAAGGAUGGAGACUGGAAGCUAAGUUUGGAUGAUUUUCGAACGAUCGUAACCCGAUGCAACAUGAUUCAAGGUUCAGAAAAUGCUUAGGCCAGAUGAGGAACUACUGAAGUUCGCUUAAAGGGGCAUCAUUGUAUGUUGAAAUUACUCUUAAGCAUUUAGCUAUAUUUCUUAAGAAAGCUGUUUCCUUCCAUCUCAAGUUAGGGCUGUUCAUCAAAGAACAAUUUGGUGUAUAGCAUACAAUCAGUGGUGGUGAAAGUGGGGCCUACCACUAGUUGUUGCGAGUGGAAAAAUAGUUGUUGUUUUGAAUCUAAUGAAAAGUACAAGCUGAUUUAAGUUUA